AUGGCCGAUGGAGUCAGAAACUUCCCGCCCGUGCGGGCAUGUCUUUUCGAUAUGGACGGCCUUUUGAUCGAUUCGGAGGACAUAUACACGGAUAUCACUAAUCAAAUCCUCCAUUCGUUCGGAAAACCCUCUCUGCCAUGGCCUAUCAAAGCUCAGCUCCAAGGACGCCCCCAGCCAGAUGCCGCAAAAAUCUUCCACCACUGGGCACAACUUCCAAUCCCACACGAGGAAUACCACAAGCGCCAGGGAGAGCUCCAAGCAGAGCUCUUCCCCACCACUCAGCCUCUACCAGGAGUAGAAACAUUGCUCGCAAAGCUCCUAUCGACACAGAAGACCUCUAACCCGGUGCACAUCGCGCUAGCUACAUCAUCGCACAACAGGAACUACCAAUUGAAGACCAGCCAUCUGCAGGAUCUGUUCUCGCUAUUCCCAGACUCUCAGCGUGUUUUGGGCGACGAUCCUCGGAUUGGAAAAGGGAGGGGCAAGCCGUUGCCGGAUAUUUAUCUGCUUGCGUUGGAGACUAUCAAUGCUGGUCUGAGAGAGCGAGGGGAGAAAGAGAUUGCGCCUGAGGAGUGUUUAGUGUUUGAGGAUGCUGUUCCUGGUGUUGAGGCUGGGAGGAGAGCGGGAAUGCGGGUCAUUUGGUGUCCGCACCCUGGUUUGUUGGGGGCAUAUAAGGGGCGCGAGGCCGAGGUGCUGGCGGGUCUUACUGGGGAGCAUAAGGAGGCGGAGAAGUCGGUGUCGGAAAAGGAGGCCGAUGAGCUUACUGCGGAGAGGCUGCAGAGUGCCGGGAAGCCGGGCCACCUGAACGAUGGGUUUGCAGAGGUGCUUUCGACGCUGCAAGACUUUCCCUACGAGAGAUAUGGUAUUCAGCCUGCAGAUGCAUAA